AAAGAAACGAGAAGCCGUAUCUAGGUUUCGUAACAGUAGUAUAUAAAGCCAAGUAUUUCGAUAAGUUUGUCAGUAGUGUCAGCCGUAAGCUGUCUCGUAAAGGAAUCGAUAAUGUCUCGCAUCCUCUUCGUCCUCCUCGCCGUUAUGGCUAUCUUCUCCACUUCGUUUGGUCAGCAAUGUGGACUGAAUGAAGAGUUUAAAUCCUGUGGAUCGUGCGAGCCCACUUGUGCCAAGCCACGUGUCACCGUUUGUACCAUGGAAUGUAAGAUCGGUUGUCAAUGUAAGAGCGGAUAUUUGAGAAACGGCGAAGGAACGUGCGUUCUUCCAGAAAAUUGUUAACUUCCUCGUUUAACUUAUUUGAAACCCAUUCUUCACUCUCUCGCUGGCGUUUGCAAUCUCUUCGCUGCUAUUUUUUUUUUUUUUUUUACUUUACCAAUUUUUAAUGAAAAUACAAAAUGGAAAUGUAUUACACUAUCUGUUCAUGGAUUGGUAUUAGUCACAAGCUUACCUAAAUAAAGACUAUAACGAUACUAUCAAA